AUGUCAAACGAUCAGUCACAGCCACUGCCAAAUACCAAUCGAGGCUUGAAGGUACUCUUUUUAUCUUCAGACACUGGUGGAGGCCAUAGAGCAAGCGCAGAAUCUCUGGCCAAACAAUUUGAGCUCUUGUAUCCUGGUUCCACCUACGAACUCUUGGAUCUUGCCACAGAACUUUAUCCACCACCCUACUCCCACAUUGUCUCCAAUUACAAGCACUUGUCCAAGAAUCCAUCUCAAUGGAAGGUCUUGUACAGAGUCACCAACUCGCGCAUGUUGGAACGAUCCAUUGUGGAUUCUUCCAUCAAGUAUGUUUCGCUAGUCAGUGAACGAGCGAUUCGAGAGAAAAUUAAGAGCAUCAAGCCCGAUGUUGUCGUCAGUGUGCAUCCACUGCAGACGAGCGUUCCCAGUUUAUCCUGCGCGAAGAUUAGUCAUGAAACAGGACGUCAUUUGCCCAUGUUUACUGUGGUCACAGAUUUGGGAUCUGGUCACUUGACGUGGUUUGCCUCGAGUGUCGAAAAGAUGUUUGUGGGCUCGACUCAAAUUUACGAUUUGGCCAAGGAUCGGGGGCACGUUCCCGAUGAAAAGUUGGUCUUGUUGGGAUUGCCCAUUCGACAUGAUUUCGCCCUGCAAGCCGCCAAGAUGAAGGACCGCAUGUCAUUGGAGGGUCAACAAUAUCAACGAAAGGUCCGCGAAGAGCUGAAAUUACCAGCAACAGACCGGAAGACGCUACUAAUAAUGGGAGGGGGUGAAGGCGUUGGUUCCUUAUCUAACAUUGUAGAUGCAUUGUAUUAUGAAUUGACCAAGCAAGGUAUUGAUGCACUAAUCUUGGUGGUUUGCGGACGAAACGAAGAGCUUCGCAACUCACUCAAGACAAGAAAUUGGGAUCAGAUAUACACGCAUAAGGAUGCUCUGCUGGGUCAUAUCAAGAGAUCUCGCUUUCCAACCUUUCGAUCGAUUGACAGGUGCCGAGACGGAAUUUCAUCCAGAGGCUGCAUUGAAGCCCCAAUGGUCACGAGAAAUUUGCGAAGGGUGCUAAGUUCGGGGAACUUUAUGAUUCAUAAUGCAUCCACCUCGCUUUUUGUUCCGACAAACGAAGAUGAAGAAGAAAAGGAUGAGCCAUAUGAUGAAGCUGCUGACGGCCAACUGCCAGAAUUGAUGGUCAAGUCCAUGUCCUUUGGAAACCUUCGACUGGCUUCCUACGAGCAAGCGGCAAUGGAGGCUAUUGAAACCAAGGAAGAUGGUGAUGGUGAAGAAGUAGAAGCACCAGAAGACGAAGCUUGUGGGCUGGAUCUGUCAAAGGAAGCAAUUAUUCCUGUUCAUGACGACGACAUGGCUAAAUACCUUCCCAGCACUUUUUCGACGGGCAAAGUAGAUGUCGUGGGAUUGGGAUUCAUCACCAACAUGGCUGACUACAUGGUCGCCGCAGAUAUUCUAAUCUCGAAGGCUGGACCAGGAACUAUUUCGGAAGCUGCUGCCCUUUCGUUGCCAGUUCUGCUUACAUCGUACUUGCCUGGACAAGAAGAAGGAAAUGUGGAUUAUGUCAUUGAUGGCAAUUUUGGUGCUUAUUGUGAUGAUUCCGAUCCAACUGCCAUUGGUGAAGAAAUUGCCUCUUGGCUAAUGGACCCGAUAAAGCUGCUUCAAAUGUCCAAAGCGGCAAAGAAAAUGGGAGCACCGAAUGCUGCCCGCGAUAUUGUGCAACAAAUUGGAGACUCCACGCUCAAGUGGAGAGAACUGAAUGAUGCCAUGGAUAAUGCCGACGACGCUAGUCACAAAGUGAAGAAUCAAAAGUCCAAGACUGCCGGUAUGAUCACUGUGUAG